AUAAUUCGGAGAAAGCACAAACAAGACAGCCCUGCCAAAAUCACUUUUAUCCUGACAUGUAAUCGUUUUAUUGAAUUAACAGCCCCCGAGAUCUCUCCAAAACCUUAAGUGAAUCCUUUGUGGUUGUUAUAUUUGAUAGUUUUGAGCACUGCAUUAGGUUUUUAUUGCGCUAAAGUAUUAAACAAAGCGGCCGGAUGAGACCAAUCAGAACGCUUUCACGAGCGCGCGAGAUACUGGCCGGCAGUAGACAGGCCGACGAGUCUCUGAUGCGAUUUACGGCACAUAAUUUCAUGUCUUUAAAAGAUUAACGCAAUUUCUAUAGGUUCAAUAAACAGUAUUCCCCUAUCAGUCGCCAAUAAUCAGCGAUUGAUAAUGGAAGAACAUUUAUAACCGGAUCUUUGGAAUUAACGCUUUAGUGCACCCUGAUGUUCCAGAGUUUUUACUAAAAGCAAUGUCACGGUUGAUAAGAAACGAGGUUUGACUGAGAUUAGCGCAUAAAGAACCACGUCUCUGUUAGUCUAAGCCGAGAGAAACGGGAUUCGCAAUAUAAAAGUGUGCUCAAUACAAGAUUCUGACGACUAGAUUGAUCACCGAUAUCUACUUAAGACAAAGAUUUCGCGGAAGCACCAACUGUCACGUAAUGUCUUGCAGCAUCUGCCUAGCGAUCACCUAAGUGCACUAUAACGGCGACAGCACAACAAGGGGAAAACACUUUGAACUGUCUCAAAUUGCCUGAGAAAAAUCUUAAAAGGGUUGCACGCUUGCUAGAAAAAUCAGUGUCUUGCGACUUCCUAGCGAAGAGCUAAUUGCUCUUAUACCAAGGCGAAAAUAUAUUGGAGGUAACACGAUUCGGACUUCUGUCUAAAUUUGGCUGAAAAAGGGGUUAAACUUGCUAGCAGGACAGUGACGCACAACUUUUCAACGAAGACCGCGAAAAGCGGAGUGUUCUUAAUACCAGGGCGACUGCACAUCGAGGCAUAAAACGCGUCGGACAGUCUCUGAAAAGGUUGAAAAGAGAAUACUUUAAAGCAGAUCGGUAUCAUAGCGAUGGAAUAAAAGUGUCACAUACCUUACUGCACGGUAAGGGGAAACACCUCUUUAAGUAGUAUCUGAAAUUGGCUAAAAGAAGUAAAAAGAGCUGCAUGUUUGCUAGAGGAGCGCCCACGCAUUUUGCUUGAGGGUAACUUUAAUGUAGACUUAACUUGUCGUAUGCGAAAACUGCCAGACACUAGGAGACUCAAGGCUUUUAAAGUGCAAGGGGAAGGACAAGAGACUGCUUGGGGCUACUCUAUUGAGAGAAGAAGUGAAAAACACGAGAAAAAGAGAGAAAAAUAAGAGACAAGAGUAAGACAGAGGAAGCAAGAGUGAAAAACAAACGGGUGAAACAAGGGAGACAGAGACAAGGGAGACAAACAAGAGAAAAAGGCAAGAGAUAACUGAAAGACAAAGUGAUAAUUCAAACAAACACUGAACAUUUAUCCUUUUUCAAGGAGUACCAGAUUAAAGUCAAGAGGACUUUGUAGGAAAAAAAAAUCGCGUGCGUGAAUUUCUAGGAGACCGAGGGCAAACUUGAGAUAAUGAUUGAUUUCUGAUAUCUUACUUGUUGUUGUGUUCUGUAUGUACAAGAAAAACUCCUGGAGAUUUCCAAGAAGCUAUUGCGUUGUAGGACAUAUAUGGUGCUUCCAUUAUUAAAGAUAAAAAAUCAUCAGUCUGCCUAUAAGAGAAGAAGUAGUAAAAACAUUGAGAAUUAUUAUUAUUGGUUUAAGGCCUUUAAGAGGAUAAAGACUAGAGUGUUGUCAUAGCAACGAUUAUUCACGAGUGACCACCGUGGCAACAGGAUUUGGUUCAAUAAGGAAGUGAAAGUGAAAGGUAUAACGCCUUUUAAAACUGUCUGGUUUUGUUAGCACUUAGAGGUUUCAGGUAUCGAUAGGAUUUACUUGUCACGCAAUAUUUGGUGGUAUACGCAUCGCGAAACAGCGUGCAGUAACACAACAUAGCGUGAAAAAGAAACGCAACGCAACGUUAAAGUAACGAAACACAGGGUGACAAAGAAACGCAACAUAGCGUGACAAAGAAACGCAACCCAACACGACAAAGUGGCGCAAUACGACGUCAAAGUAUCGCAGCCCAGCUUGACAAAGUAACGUAAUACGGCGUCAAUGUAACUCAACACGGCGUGACAGAGUAACGCAACACAGCGUGAACAAGUAACGCAACACAUCGUGUGUAGUAACCUACUACAUCGCGGCAAAUAAAGCCGCACAGCUUCAAAGUGUGACAAAGUAAGGCAUCGAAUAGUUAUAAAACAACACCAGAAUUUGCUUCCCAAAUUUUGAGAUAGAAGAUAUCACAAUGAACCAGUCGUCAUCAAACCUGUCAUUACCAGGAAACCACGUGAUCAUCACAACGGAGUCCAUCACGGCCGCCCUUUUCACGUGCAUUCUCAUCAUCUUGACAUUGACCGCCAACCUCUUCGUCUGCGUAGCCACCCUACGCACCAACUCUGCGCGCCCCCUCACCAACUACUUCAUCAUCAACCUGUGCAUCGCAGACAUCCUGAUUGCCAUCAUCAGUAUGCCUGUAUGGGUGCUUUUCCAGAUCUAUGGGCUCGCCCUCGGGCGCGUCCUGGGGCUCCGGUUUCUUGAGUUCUGGGGCAGUUUUGAUAUUCUGUGCGGCACGGCGUCGAUUUUAAGCCUUAGUUGUAUCAGCGUGGACCGUUAUAUGGCAAUCACGAGGCCGUUUACUUACGUGCGGUGUAUGACGUGCCGGAGGGCGUUUCUGAUGACGUGUGUGAUAUGGCUUUACGCGGGAAUGGUCGCGUUUGUCCGGACACCGCUUAAGGAGAGAGGAGUUUACGCCUGGUUUGUUCUCUUCGCAAGUUUUAUCAUUCCGUUUAUCGUCAUUCUCGCCGCCUACACCAAAAUCUUCCAAAAGUAGCCCAUGACGCAUGCGCGGGACAUUACACGUCACACCUCCUACUCACGUGACGAGAAAUUCCACCGCGUGUCACGUGACCUCAAAGCCGCCAAGACGAUUUCGGUUGUCAUAGGAACGUUUGUGUGUUGCUGGGCGCCAUUUAUGGUCGUCAGUGUGUGUUACGCUUAUUUCAUGGUGAAUAUGCAAGUGGGGGAAUUUCACUAAAUGGUUGGCGUAUCUGAACGCUUUGCUUAACCCCGCUGGUGUAUUCCUGUGUGGAUAAACAACUGAGGACGAUUGUUAUCAGAAAGAUGACCUGUGGUGGUAAUAGCCGAGAGGGACUGGACUACCAAGCGACAGCCAUGCAUCUAAUAUAACGAUUAUGAAAUACAGACAUGACAUUUAACGACGAAGGGUGGGGUCGGAGAAUAGGGGUACAUGGGGCGAAUCUCCGGGAUUCCUCGAAGGAGUGUUUUUUUUAGGGGGGGAGCACCAAUUUAAAGGGUGUGUGGUGAAUAAAUGAUGGUUGAAGUCAGUAUAUCAAGAAAGUGUUGGCAGCAUUGAUGGUAUAAGGGAGUCUGGUAACGAGUGGAUUCCAGCUUUUAAUUGACCUCGUUUGGUUGGACCGUACGAUAGCUUAUGGACCGUGAUUUUUUCCAUGUGUUUUAUUGCGACGCUCGUGAUCUCGCACUGCCCAAGCCAGCGAGGUGUUGUUUCUGAGCGGGCCAAUAAACAACCAAUUAGAGCGCGAGUAGCAGCGUUGCUGUAUAAUAAAAACCUUUUAUUCCAA